UCGUCGUAUUCUUGUAUCAUCCUCAACGAAGCCCACGAAAGAUUCCCAGGUACCGACAUGUUGAUGGGGCCGCUUAAAGUUGCCCUUCGGCAACUUUAGUUACUGGUGGUUUCUCGCUAUCUCGAUCAAGCGCCCGUCGUCCAAAUACCGGGUCGUACUUUUCCUGUCGACAUAUUCCAUCUUGCAGCGAGGGGGACCCCGGACUUCCUAUAUUCUUCUCUGAGCGUUCUGAAACACAUCUGCGACAUUCUGGUCUUCCUCCCCAGAGAAGAUGAGAUUGAAAAAGCUUGCAAGAUGCUCCGAACGGAAAUCAAAUCGUUGCAUGCAGUACCGUUAUACGCAGCACUGUCCGAAGAUGUCAAGCAGCGCACAUUCGAAAGGCUUAACUCGCGAAAAUGUGUUGUAUCUACUAACAUUGCCGAAACUGGCUUGACCAUAGAUGGCAUUGUGUAUGUAGUGGACUGCGGUUUGAUGAAACAGGGUUCACAUUCGCGAAGACCCGAUGCCAAUAUGCUAGUCUUAGGUCCUAUACCCCAAGCUGCCGCAUUUCAACGCGCAGGACGGGCAGGACGUACGCAGCCUGGCACGUGCUACAGGUUAUACACGGAAGAGGCAUUGAAAAUGAUGCCAAAGUCAAACGAGCCAGGAAUACGCAUUAGUCCGCUCGACUCUGUGAUGCUUCGGGUUGGUCUCAACGGACCCCUGCUAGCGUCCAACUCGCCCAAAGAGUCUACCACCCAGGGCAAGCCACUUCCGCCUUUCCGAACGGGCGGCUCUACCACGGAUUUUGGAACUCAAACUUCGGAAUCCUUUGUCCACUCGUACAAAUGACCGUCGAGAGCUGGGUUCGGAUGGGGUGAUUAUGAUCGCUUCCAUGAGUGGCAGUCACAUGGCCGCGAUAUCAAGCUAGACAUGAUCCCGGAAGUGGAUUGCAGUGCACGGCAAAGUGACCGACUCCUCGUGGCAAAAAACGUUAUCGCGAGAGCAAGAGCAAGCGUAACCGCAAGCAACGUGCCCG